CCGAUACUUUUAUCAAUUUAUACAGAGGCAGAUAUGAUAUCAUUCGAAAAUGUGGAUGAAGAAUCAUAUGAAGAAGUGAAUUACUUUCUACGUGUGGGAGGUUUCACUGCUAAAGAAGCCGUCAAUCUGUCUUUUAAGGAAGCAAUACAGGAUCAUUUAACUAUUGAAUUUACAUGGUUUGGCCGGGAGGAAGGUCUACAUCCUUUGUACAAUACGCGUAUUAUAAAAGCGAUUUAUGGUAUGCUGCUUGCUGUAGCCAUAUGGCUCCAAGCAAUAGCUAGAGAAGCUUUGCGUUCAGCGAAGCAGCGUCACCGAACAAGUAUUCGCACAUUACGCGACCGAGAACAUCGGACCAGAGAAGCCCGAAAUUAUUGGGAUGAACGAAACGAGCAAGCCGAGGAACAAGAAGGCCCUAUACCCAAUAUAAAUUCCACUUAA